AUAAUAUUCUGAGCAAAUCCAUAGAAAUUUGCAUUCAAAUAAAUCAACGUUAAUUUCUGAUGCAUACUAAAUAUUUUCAUUCCUCAGUCAACACCUCCGAUCGAUUAAUAAACCAGGGAAUGGAGGACGAAAUCGAGAACCUUCCGGAAGAAAUAAUCGAGGAAGUACUGUACAAAUUGCCAAUCAAAUCCUUGUUGAGAUUCAAGUGCGUUUCGAAACGGUGGCGUUCUUUGAUCUCGAGCAGACGUUUUGCGAAAGAGCAUCUAAAGAAGAAAUCAUCGACGAGUACGAAUGAUUCAGAUUUCAGCCGCCGUACCCUCUACAGCUUUUAUCAUUGGCACCGCUAUUGCGGUUCAGAUUCCGUCGGGUCUAUAUUUCACCUCGGCCAAUGUAAUCUUCCAUCUGAAACAAGCACCACCGAAACGUCGUCGUUUGAUCUUCGGUCUUUAGCCGCCGCAACAGUAGAUUCGGUUGCCGGAUGCGGCAUAUAUUUAUAUGGUUCAUGUAAUGGGCUAGUACUCUUCUCCAUGCUACAUUUGGUUGGUAAUUUGCUUAUAUGGAAUCCUGCAACUAGACAAGCUAAGAAACUUCCACCUCCGUAUUUGCUUUCCCAAGGUACGUGGCCGAGUUGCUUCUUGCACGGAAUCGGGUACGAUGAGUCUACCGACGACUACAAGGUUGUCAACAUCUCCAAAGAUUUUAGUCCCUACCACUACCAAACACAUAUAUAUAGUUCCAGGACUGGUUCUUGGAAGAAUAUUCGAUACGGAAAAGUGUUUUCUGGAAUUUUAUGCUUCUUACGGCAAGUUUGUCAACGGAAGGUUGCAUUGGCUAGUGUACAAGGAAGAUGCUAAUUAUAACGAAAAUCGGGAUAUUGUUUCUUUUGAUUUAGUAGAGGAGAGAUAUAAAUUUGUUGGCGGGGUCGAAAACUUGCCAAUUAUCGGUACCGAACUGAAGUUGACGGAUUUGAGUGGAUAUCUUAGUUUGAUUUCUUCGACAGAAGCACGAGGAAUAAAUGGUACAUUUAAAAUAAAUAUUUGGGUUAUGAUGAAGUAUGGUGAACCUCAAUCUUGGACUAAGAUUUGGAAACUCGAGGAUUCGGUACUCAGUGGUCGUCGGGUUCCUAAGGCAAUGCCGUUAUGGUGGUUGAAGAAUGGUGACUUGGCGGUUGCUUUAGGAUCGGAUGUAGUCGUUUAUAACGGAAAAGAUAAGUUGCGAAAGACUCAGUCUAAGGUUACCGACUGUAAGAUCGAUUCCGCUAUCUAUUUUGAAAGCUUAGUGUCACCAUUCAGCGACGAAGAACAUCGUCGUCGUCAAUGAUCGUAUGAUUUUAUUUUCAGUUUUCGAAAUAUGUUUCUUGAGUUUCUUUUUUUCGCUUCUCAGGUUUUUAUUAAUAUUAUUAGGUGAUUUUGCUAGAUAUGUUUAUAUUGGAGAGUUGCUAUGUUUUCUCAUAAGGCCUACGUAUCACAGUUUUCUCUGUAUGCAGAAUAGGUACAUUUAAAAUUGAUGUUUUUAUCAUAAAUAUAUUAUUUGAAGGUACAUUUACAAAAUGGCAAAUAGGC